CAUUUAUAAGAAUGCUUGAACAUCGGGCACAUUGCACAGGACGGAAUGGCAGUAUAUGCGGUGAUACAUUCCACAGGGUGUAUCGUGAAUUUGCCUUCUGCAACUGGAAGAAAGAGCAUCUGUGUCAGGUUGAGCCCUUCAAGUGCCCUGCCUGCACACCAGACAUGCUUGCCAUAGCUGCAGAUGGUAACAGAAAGCAGUACCGCUUCAAGAAAUCCAAAGGGACAGAUGAACAAUCUCUUUUUGAUGGCCUGUUCAUUGCACAAGAUGCCCAAGUGUCUGCCUUUGUGGAUCAGACAAGAAGCCAGAUGACGAUUAGAACUGGUCAUGAUGUAUGUGGGCCGGCAACUUUUACUGCAGGACGAGAAACCUCCCAGAAGUCCAGGGCCAAGGUGGACGAGGAGGGCCUGGAAAUUGCCGUUUGCAGACACGGAAUCUUGCUACAAGGCUUGAAUCACUACCGUGGAGAAAUUUAUGCUUACCCACUGUUCCUGCAGAAGGAGUUGGCUCAGGCUGCAAACAUCAAAUUCUUUUGUAUGGACCUCACUUGCAGGUAUUGGCCAUACUUGGAGAAGAUGGCAGAGAAGUUGUCAGAGCUCCAACCACUGACAGAGAUGAGGCCUUUUCUGUCUGUAAUGCAUGCCAAGGCUCACACUGGCAAAUGUCAGGUGAGGUGGGGUGGCAGAAACCAGGAUGGUGCAGGAAAUACUGUUGGUGAGGAGGUGGAGCAAGUGAACAGCUUUCUCUCAAGGGCAGCUCUGACCACAAAAUACAUGACCAAGUCAGGGAGAGCCGAUAUGAUAACAAUGCUUGCCAUGGGAUGGAACAACAGGAAGGUGGAGAGUCUACACAAGACACUGGCGAAGCGAUUUGUUAAAAUUACACAGAGAGCAGAAAAGGAAGCAGCAAAUCUUCAGCAUCUCCAGCAUGACCUCAACAUCACUUUGGAGGACACAGAACAGUGGAUUGAGGAUGUGAAGCAGUGGGCAGCCACUGGGAAACAUGGUGCUCAUAGUAGCCAGGAAGAACUCCAGAGAGAGAUUGAUUAGAUCAUCUAUUCCCUCAGAAGGAAGAAGCAUGAUCUCUACCGACAAAAUGACAGCAAUCAAACGAGGCAACGGAAACGGAGGAGACUGGGUGAGCUCAAAAAGAAACUCAGAGAGAAGAUCGUCCAAUACAACACAG